AUUGGCCGUUAAAAAAUGAAUUUUGAUAUCGCUGAAACAUUCGGCAACAUCGACACUUCCGGAAUGUUGUCGUCUUCACAAUCCGACGGAUUGGGGGCACUCAUAGGACUGAAUACUAUGGACUUUCUGCAAACAGAUGGCAUGCCGACGACUGACGAUGACAACAUUUUGAAAUGGGAACAGAACUCAAACGCGUGCUUGCCAGACAUGUGUCCAGUGAAUGUCAAUUGUAUUGAUACAAAACCCGCCACAAACUUUCGAGCAAACAUCUACUCUGGCGACCAUCUUAUUAAAGCACCGUCACUUGAUGAGUUCAGCCGUGGGUGCUACAAUUUGAACGUUAGUAUCUUAGGAGCAGCAGUGGGAGGGUCAGUGUCUAACUGUAGGCCCAACUACUACUAUUCUGCGGAGCUGCAGAAACUGUUCGUGAAGAAGAAGUGUUCCGUUACCGUGGAUGUUUCAUACAGCAACGUCUUACACGAACCGCUCUUUUUACGAGUUAUGCUGUUAUGCUCGGCUCCGCACGAAAAACAUCACCUAAUCUCUCGGUGUCCUCACGAUAUGUCGACCGACACAGAAUCAGUGAACCAAAUUGUACGUGAGCAUGUUGUGCGUUGCCUAGACCCAUCUCCGCUCUAUGUGGGCAAAGCAGGCGGCAGUGCAUUCCAAGAUCGCCUGGCCUUGAUCAUCGGUCUCAGCGGCAACGGCCAUGGUUUGAACGCUCCCGUUUCGUUGGAGUUUCAAUGCCAGAACUCUUGUCCGACCAUUGGAAGGCGCCCUACGGCACUGGUUUUUACGUUGGAAAAUGAGCGAAGCGAUAUCUACGCACGAAAGAUGCUGAAUGUAAAGAUCUGCAGCUGCCCAAAACGAGACAAAGAGAAAGAAGAGAUAAACCGAACUGGCACCAAACGUAAAAAUGCUACCGAGUCGGUUGGUGACGAACAGCCACCACGAAAGUUAACGCGCCAAUCAAGCGUCUCGUCUUCGCGUGGCAACCAUACUGCCACAAGCCAGUGUGAUUCUCCGGUGCCCUCGUCCACGUCGACAAUCACUCGUAUCAAGAAGGAAAACGAGGGAACACUUGCUCGCUCAAGUAGCAACCUAUCGACGAGUUCCUCCGUUUUGGAGAAUGAUACUUCUGGCAUUACACUGGUCUUACGAUUCCCAAACAUCGCUACGGCUAUCGAUGUGGCGGAAUAUUCAUUCAUGAAGGUGGCUGCUUACUUGGUUCGGUGCAAAAACGACUGCGACGAUUACACUCGGUUCAGCAAAUAUCUCGCCCACUAUCGCCGUGUAAAGAGUAAGUACGCUCAGAAGUAAUAGGAUGUAAUUCGUCAUUCUAUUUAAAUUCUUUUAGCUUUUUUCAUUUUAUCAACUGUUUAAUUUUAUGAAUUCUGAUACACGGUCCAAUUUCCUAAUUCCGCUUGGGAUUAAGAAAUAUUAUUUUUAAAUUUUUUCAACUUUCCACCACAACGAUUUCUCGUUUCAUUUGUCCAACUUAUCCCCAAAAACAAUUCCAAUCGGGAUCCAUACAUAUCUGAACCCGUGGGUUGGUACGUUUUUGUUCAUAUUUAGAAAGUAGUAAGGCCUUUGGAAAAAGGCCCACAUGCCAUUCGAGACCGUGGGUCGGACUGAUCGCUAGAUGUAAAGAUGGAACUGUAUAGUACAAAUGAAGACAACGAAAAAAACAUAAUCAAAACAAUGUAAAAUAAUUGCAAUGCCAAUGGAUUUCUCUGAACUGCAAGUCGAAAAAAGGCAAGAUGCCAACAAAGACUGAUAUGAAAAGAGCAAAUAAAGUGCCAAAAGAAAAAAUGAAAUCAUUGCCAAAAAAGAAUUGGGCAUAAAAGAGCCAUUACAUACGGCCACAAGAAAAAAAAAAGAAAAUCAAAACAAAAUUGGCAAAAAAUUACAUAGCCAAUAUAAAAAAAAAUCAUACAACAAUACAGCAGUAGAGAUUCCAAUAAAGUGUGAUAACGCUUAAAGAAUGCUUAAAUCAAAAAGAAAUCAAAAUGCUGAAUUGAAUAAAACCGGUGAACGGUAAAGGUUCCAGUAACUGACUACCGAAUGAAAAUCGACCGUUAAUGGGUUAUGUGUUAAUCACUUCAGGUUCAUUCUCUCAAGGAGUCCGUGAAAAUACAACUAUCCUACCACUGUUGGAAGCACGAAAAAUGCCCAAUAGAUCAACAACACGAUACACAGUUGUACGGAGGAGAGAGUUUGACGCAGCUUUGACAUGGUUUGCUUAACAUACAGUGGCGUAAUGCGGCCAGCUCGCGCGCCCGCGCGGCGAUGGUGGCGAUAGCGAUUGACGGAGGAGCCGAAGCCAGCAAUGGACCAAACCAAAGCUCAUGCAAUUGAAGUGGAACUGCUCGAGAGAUGGCAGCGGGGCAGUAACAUAACCCAA